ACAAAUUCUUAAAAUUAAAUUGCUUUCAAAAACAAUGUCUACAAUUUUUCUUAGUAUAGUAAACUAGAUAGAUUGUAAAUAAUUAUAUAUAUAAUCUUAUUGUCCCUCUAACUCUAAUAGAGUUAUGCUAUUUGAUAAUAAUUUAUUAUAUCGAACAUAAAUUUUAGCAACGUUCACACCACAAUACAAAGAUGGAAAAACGAAGACUUCUUUUAAAUUUAACAAAAAAUAAAAGAAUUACUCUCAUCUUUGAGAAAUGUUUCUCAGAUGCCACUGCAACUAAUAAUAAUGAGAAAACAACACAUUUUGGAUUCAAAACUGUCAAAGAAAGUGAUAAAGUGAAAGAAGUAUAUACAGUUUUUGAGAAGGUAGCAAAUUCAUACGAUCAAAUGAAUGAUGCUAUGAGUUUUGGAAUUCAUCGCAUUUGGAAAGAUAUAUUCAUUCAAAGGCUUGGACCAACUCAUGGCACCAAAUUAUUAGAUUCGGCUGGUGGCACAGGAGACAUUACAUUCAGAUAUUUAAAUUAUUUAAAGAAUACCCCUAAUUACCAAGAUGUAAAAAGUUCUGUAACAGUUUGUGAUAUAAAUAAGAAUAUGUUAGACGUUAGUAAAGUAAGAGCAAAAAAAUUAGGAUGGACAGUUCAAAAUAAUUUUAAUAUUGAUUGGAAGCAAUGUGAUGCAGAAAAGCUUCCUUUUGAGGACGAUUCAUAUAAUGCUUACACAAUAGCCUUUGGAAUAAGAAAUGUAACACAUAUUGGGAAGGUACUUUCUGAAGCGUACAGAGUACUUACUCCAGGUGGUUGUUUUAUGUGUUUAGAAUUCAGUCAUGUAGAUAAUAAUAUUUUGAAAUGGCUCUAUGAUCAAUAUUCAUUUCAAAUAAUACCCGUGUUGGGUACACUCAUAGCAGGAGAAUGGCAGCCCUAUCAAUAUCUUGUUGAGAGUAUUAGAAAAUUCCCAAAACAAGAAGAAUUUAAAGACAUGAUUGAAGUAGCAGGUUUUAGAAAUGUAAUGUAUGAAAAUUUAAAUAGUGGUAUAGUAGCUAUUCAUUCGGGUUUUAAAUUAUAAUAAAUACCGUUUUUUGUUGAGAUAUAAUUAAAUGUAUUAAAUAACAAACUACUUGUUAUAUAUCUUUCAUUAUAUCCAAAGAUUUGGUGAAAAUAACACUUCAUUAUAUUGUUA